CAUAUUCACUUUGAGACCCUUUGGUUUUCAUUGUUUUGCUUUUCACUUCUGUUUCACUCUCAGAAGCAUAUUCAUCUCCUGUGGUUUGCUCUGAGGUUUUCUGGUAUUCUUUUUCCCUUACCUCCUCAUCUGAAUUUUGCUCUUGUUCUGAGGAAUCUUCUGUGUGUGUUUCAGAAUUGUCUACUUCCUCUUCACUACUUGAUGCAACAGAAGACUUUUCUGGCACCUCUUUUUGUGCUCUUUGCUCUGAUAAUUCUUUGCAUAUUUGACUACUUCUUUCCCUACCUUUUUGUUGGACUUUACUUUCACUUUUUGCUUCAUGUGCGGGUUUUCCUUCUUGUUUCAUAUCUUUUUCUGGUUCAGAAUGCUUCUUUAUUAUUUUCACUUUAUGUUGAGUCCUUUUCAGUGUUUCUGACAGUGUCUCAGAUUCACUUACCUCCUCAUCUGAAUCUCGCUCUUGUUCAUUCCUUACUUUCUGGGUUUGACCCUCCCUUACAUGCUUUUCUUUCUUUGUAGAUUUGGGUUUUCUUUCAACUUUUUCUGAUCCCUUUCUCGGCUGUUCUUGGUCUAACGCUGUUCCUAAGCUAGAAUCGUGACUGGGCAGGUCUUUCUUUAUAGCGUUAGCUAACCUACUCUCACCAACACUUCUCGACCUGAGAGCUCUGUCAAUAUCAUUCCACGUGAGCGCCGGGAUCUGCUUCAAGCGAAUGCGUAAUAUUCUUAGCAGACAUCGAUUCGGAUCAGUGUACUGCAUUUGGAUUUUCUCUAUUUCAUCCAUUUCCACCCCUAUUUGUAUGCCAAAAAACUCGUAUUUCUCGGCAACUGGAACAAGAGCAUCAAAAACGACGUUCAAGUCUUUUACUCCCAGUUCGUGAGAGCCCUGGUCGGCAGGCUCCGGGCCCGCCCCAGUCGCCAUCACUACGGCCACGCCCCUUUCUUUGCGCUCCCCUUAGCACGAAUUCACCGCGGGAUCUGACUCCCCCUACGUCUACUCCGGCGUACUUCUAAUGACAGAGGUAUAUAUAUAUAAAGGUAGCUCACGGUUCUUGGGUACGG